GGACAGAGGAUGAGAGGAGGAGCAGAGGACAGCCACAGUUCAAAAAUCGGAAAGACUUAAAAAGAGAGACGUUAUGAUCACGCGCUGAGCUCUUCCUGCACUGGCACCAUGGAGAAGACCUACUCUCUGACUGCGCACUAUGACGAGUUCCAGGAGGUGAAGUACGGGGGGCGCUAUAGCAGCGACAUCCUGAGCAAUGGCAUGACCCUUCACCUCGGGGGCAGUCUGGACCGACACGUGGGGAGGGGCCGGGGCAGCACCUGGACCUCCAGCAAGCAGAGAAACCGUGACCUGAACAGCUCCAACGGCAGUGGUCUUCCGCGGUGGAGCCGGAGGGAGAUCUGCCUGCUCUCAGCUUUAGUAUUCGCGGCCGGUAUGUGCGUGAUCCUGGGGAGUAUGCUGGCGCUAAAGUACAUCUCACUGGACGCUCAGCAGGACCCUCAGUGCAGGCAGGACUGUCAGAAGAAGCGCUCUUUACUGCGGGCGGCGCGUUUCGUCCAGGCGAACAUUGACCCCACCAUACAGCCCUGUGAGGACUUCUACUCUUUCGCCUGUGGGGGCUGGCUGCGUCGUCACGGGAUACCGGAGGACAAACUGAGCUACGGCAUUAUCACGGCCAUUGGCGAGCACAAUGAGGAGAAACUGCAGCGCCUCCUACUGGAACCGAUCAGGCGUCGCGGAUCCGAGUCAGCAGAGCGUAAAGUGAAAGAGUUCUACAGGUCCUGUGUGAACAUAGAGGAGAUUGACAAGCUCGGGUCGGAGCCGAUGGUGGAGGUGAUUGACAGCUGUGGGGGGUGGGACCAGGUGUCAGUGCACAGCGGCGGGACGGCGGGCUGGAUGACCGAGGGCGCCCCCCAGAGGCCGGACAUAAACGAGAUGCUGUACAGGACGCAGGGGGUCUACAGUACGGCCGUGUUCUUCUCUCUCACUGUCAACGUGGACGACAAGAACUCCUCCAGGAACGCCAUCAGGGUGGACCAGGAGGGACUGACACUGCCUGAAAGAAGCCUGUAUCUGGGACAGGACGAAGACAGCAUCAAAAUCUUGGCGGCGUACAAGGCCCUGAUGGAGCGGCUGCUGAGCAUGCUGGGAGCUCACAACGCCACGCAGAAAUCCAAGGAGAUCAUUCUUCUGGAGACACGCCUCGCCAAUAUCACCAUUUCUGAAUAUGACGACCAAAGAAAAGACAUCAGCACCAUGUACAACCGCAUCACCCUCCGACAGCUGCAGAAGAUCGCUCCCAGUUUCCAUUGGAAGCGUUUGCUGGAUCGGAUUUUCCAUGAUAACUUCUCGGAGGAUGAGGAGAUCGUGGUCCUGGCCACAGACUACAUCCAGAAGGUGUCUGAAAUCGUCAACACCACGUCAAAAAGAGUACUCCAUAACUACAUGCUGUGGCGUAUCGUGGCCGCCCUCAGCGAGCACCUGUCCACAGCGUUCAGAAGCACCAUCCAUGAGUUCUCCAGAGAGAUCGACGGGACAGAGCAGCAGCUGGAGCUCGGACGCCUCUGCCUCACUCAGGCCAACAAACACUUUGGAAUGGCCCUGGGAGCGCUCUUUGUACAGCAGCACUUCUCAUCGCAGAGCAAAGCCAAGGUACAGGAGCUGGUGGAGGACAUAAAGCAUUCUCUGGACCUACGCCUCCAAGAGCUCGACUGGAUGGACGACGCCACCAAAGACGCAGCCAGAGCCAAGUUGAAGCACAUGAUGGUGAUGACUGGAUACCCAGACUUCCUGCUCAAGCCUGAACUCAUAGAUCAAGAAUAUGGGUUUGAUGUGGACGAGAAAACUUACUUUAAGAACAUCCUGAACAGCAUCAAGUUCAACAUCAAGUUAUCAGUGAAGAAGAUCCAUGAAGAAGUGGACAAAACUAUGUGGCUCCUUCCUCCUCAGGCCCUUAAUGCCUACUACCUCCCUAACAAGAACCAAAUGGUUUUCCCCGCCGGCAUCCUCCAACCAACUCUCUACAACCCUGAGUUCCCACAGUCUUUGAAUUAUGGAGGGAUUGGAGCGAUUAUUGGUCAUGAGCUCACACACGGAUACGACGACUGGGGGGGCCAGUACGACCGCUUUGGUAACCUGCAGCAGUGGUGGACCGAGGACUCCUACAGGCAGUUCCAGAGAAAGGCAGAGUGCAUCGUUAAACUCUACGAUAAUUUUACCGUCUACAACCAGAAGGUGAACGGGCGCCUCACUUUGGGGGAAAAUAUCGCUGACAUGGGAGGACUCAAGCUCUCCUACUAUGCCUAUCAGAAGUGGGUGAGAGAGCACGGGCCAGAGAGACCCCUCCCCGGUCUGAAGUACACACACGAGCAGCUGCUGUUUAUCGCGUUUGCUCAGAACUGGUGCAUGAAGAGGAGAUCUCAGUCCAUUUAUUUACAGCUUCUGACGGACAAGCACGCCCCAGAACACUACAGAGUGAUCGGCAGCGUGUCCCAGUUCGAUGAGUUUUCCAGAGUUUUCCACUGUCCCAAAGGCUCCCCCAUGAACCCCCCCGAGAAGUGCUCCGUGUGGUGACAGCAGAACUCAACCAGGACUAACCCAGGACCGGGCCAGGAUCAAGAAAACUGAACCAGGAGGAUCAACGAAACCAGACUAGAUCAUCAUUGUUCCCAAAGCUCGCCAAGUCCAGAGCUGCAACAGAAUUUAACCGGGACUAAACACGGACCAGAUAAAGACCUCUCAAAAUCCAGACCUAGACUCGAGACCUGUCUGGGACCUCAAACACUAGACCAGGACUGCCA